CAGCCCAGCUGUUCGCAGCUGUCCGGCCGCGGCUGCCCGGUGUCCUGCGCCCGCCGGUCCCGGCCGCUGCCCCAGGGCCCCGCACCCGGCUCCGGCCCGUCCGAGCCCCGCACCGCGAGCCCGGCCGCUGCGGACCCCACCCGAGCCCCGCACCGCGAGCCCGGCCGCUGCGGACCCCACCCGAGCCCCGCACCGCGAGCCCGGCCGCUGCGGACCCCACCCGAGCCCCGCACCGCGAGCCCGGCCGCUCCGGACCCCACCCGAGCCCCGCCAUGUCCGGGGAAGAGGCAGCGGCGCCCCCGGCCCCCGCCGAGCCGGCCCCCCCGGCGGAGCAGCGGGCGGCGGGCGGCGGGGACGCGCCCCCGGCGGAGCCCCAGUACCGGGCCCUGGUGCUCUCGGGCUUCGGCGGCUACGAGAAGGUGAAGGUGCAGGUGCGGCGGGGCGAGCCCAGCCCGCGGCCCGGGGAGCUCGCCGUGCGGGUCCGAGCCUGCGGCCUCAACUUCGCCGACCUGCUGGCCCGGCAGGGGCUCUACGAGCGGCUGCCGCCGCCGCCCGUCUCCCCCGGCAUGGAGUGCGCGGGCACCGUGCUGGCGCUGGGCGAGGGGGUCACCGGCCGCCAGGUUGGUGACAAGGUGAUGGUGCUGGCCAGGGCAGGGCUCUGGCAGGAAGUCGUGACUGUCCCAGCCAAUCAGACUUACCUGAUGCCUGACGGAAUGAGCUUCGAGGAAGCAGCCGCCUUUCUGGUCAACUACAUCACGGCGUACAUGAUCCUCUUUGACUUUGGGAACCUGAGACCCAACCAGAGCAUCCUCAUCCACAUGGCUGCCGGGGGGGUGGGAACGGCCGCCAUUCAGCUCUGCAAGACGGUGGAGAACGUCACCAUCUUUGGCACUGCCUCUGCCUCCAAGCAUGACGCCCUCCGGGAAAGCGGGGUCGCUCACCCCAUUGACUACAGGAGUAUGGAUUACGUGGAGGAAGUCCGGAAGAUCUCCCCCAAAGGAGUCGACAUUGUCUUGGAUCCACUGGGAGGAUCGGACACGUCCAAAGCAUUCAGCCUCCUGAAGCCAAUGGGCAAACUCGUAACCUAUGGGGUGGCCAACCUGCUCACUGGGCAGAAGAAGAACCUGGUGGCCAUGGCGAAGACAUGGUGGAACCAAUUCAGUAUCAACGCUCUGCAGCUCCUGCACCUCAACAAGGCCGUGUGCGGCUACCACCUGGGUUACAUGGAUGAAGAAUUUGAGCUCAUUGGGGGUGUUGUGGCCAAGCUGGUUAGCCUGUACAACCAGGGCAAAAUCAAACCCAAAAUAGACUCCGUAUGGCCCUUUGAGCAGGUGGCCGAUGCCAUGAGGCAGAUGCAGGAGAAGAAGAACGUUGGGAAAGUCAUCCUAGUUCCUGAACUGCCGAAGGAAGAACCCAAAAAAGAGGAAAACUAAAGCAAGGAGACCUGUCUGCAGGUUGUGAAUUUGUGGUUUAACUCCUAACCCUUUUGGGACCUGGGAAUGGACGGCUCAGUCCCUGCCAUCUUCCCCAUUAAGGGAAUGAUACAUUUUUAAAGCCAGUUCUAGGACUGUGAGCACCUUGGGUUGUGAAUCAUAUGCACCUGCCAUAGCCAGCCUCUCCCAGGUGUGAUUGUGUAACAUUGAAUGUGAGACCUCUGCCUUAGCCCUGCUUUUCUCACCUGGUUGUUACAUUUCCUUUCCCAAAUUCCAAACCGAGUUCUUUUUCUCUGGCAACGCCUCUCUGGCCUCCAAGCAGUCAGUGACUAAUGGCUGCGUAGUAUGUUGCUGCAAAGUGUAAACGCAAAUUGUUAUGGCAACCAUUGACUGUCUCCAUAGAAACCGAGCCCUUUUUGCAGUCUUAAGAUGCACGUUCGACAGACGAAUGUGCCGAGCCAGAGAUGCUUGUCAAUGAAAUUGCUGUAGGAAAAUAACAUCAGACCUUGCAUUGUUCUAGGGCUGGUUAUUUCUUUGCCAUUAUUCCUGCUGUCACAACACUUCCCUUCCUCCUCCCCCUCCUCUUCCCCACACCCCCAGUCCUAGGCCUUUAAUGCCAAUCAGCUGGCAAAAGGCCAGUUUUUCUAAGCCCAGCUCAGUAUCUUACAUGCUGGUCACGCUGUAGCUUUUUAAUUUGCUGUUCCUUCUCUGUGCACGCUGCAUGUAACCUGAGGAGGAGUUAGGCUGGUGCUAUAUGAAUACUAAAGAGAAAUUUCAAUUCAACAAUUUGCUCUCGUCCAUUUUCUGCUCCCAAACCGUUAGGGAACCAGUUCUGUGGUCAAGGCUGGGUCCGGAGACUGAAAGAACUCAGCUGUCUCCGAAAUGACUGACCCAUUUGUGUUGGCUCUAUGUGCUUUGUUAACGUUGGGCUCUGAGUGUCCGUCAGGCUAAACUUCACCCUCGUGUUUGUUACCAAGGGCUGCCAAUGUGAAAAGGUGUCUGCAAGACUGGGACAAAACACGCCUCGUGGUCGGCCUUUGCUUCUGCGGUUGUGUGUGCUAAGAGGGGGACGCUGCAGCUCUAGAAGUGAGCAGGCCCAGUAAAGUCUGCGCUGGCAUCCACCCCUGGAGGGCCAGCCUGUGGUUCUGAGUGAGUCACCCGCUGUCUGGGCUUAGACCUGUCGAACCCGCUGGUGUGAGGCUCUCGCCUGGUUAGAUCCUGGCUUUUGUUUUUCACUUUCCACUCCAGUUUUAAUUGGCUUUUCAGAUUCUCCCCUAGUCCCAGGCUGUCCCCAUGGCCUCUGCCCGUCCCUAUGGCUGGCUAGCUAGCGCCGAAAGGGGGCUUGCAGCUUGUCUGCUCGAAUCAUGAAGUGCCAGUGUUUUCAGGGUACUUCCUAGUGCUGCUGAGAUGCUGGGAACUUCCCAGUGGGCUCCUCUCUCUAGGAAGAAAACUGGGCUUGCCCAUGCCAGGCGUGCAGGUAAAGCUGUGGGUGGGAACCUGAACGGUUCAGUCUGUGAGCAUCUAAACUUGUCCUUGUUUAAUGUCCUGACCUGCGCCGCCCCUUCCAGUGGUGCUCCGUCUCCUGCUGCAGUCCCAGGACUUGGCGCUUGUCAGGUUUGGUCCUGCUGGGUGGCGGAUGGUGCAGUAGCUCAGCUUUGCUUGUAUUUUGGAUUUGGUAACUGAAGGGACCAAGCCCCCACCCACCCCCUUUUCGUAAAGGUGCCAUAGCAGAAGCAAAAUGCUGCUCUUAAGAGCAAACAUGGAUCUCCUGGGCUGUGAACAUCCCCUCCGGGUCCCUCCCCCAUUAAAGAAAACCUGGUCCAGCAUCAGCACGAGGACUUUACUGUGCAAGGAGAAGGAAGGCGACGGCCUCUAUUAGCUGCGACCGCCCCAGGAGGCGUAAGUGCUGCUUCGCUGAGGCUUGGGCUACACUUGGAACCAACGUCGGUGGAACUGCAUCGCUCAGCCAUGCAGUUUUAUCGACCUAGCUCCCAGAGUAGACAACACGGCUCCCAGCGACACGGCCACCGCCUCUCGGGGGGCGCGGUACGUACGCCGACAGGACAAGCCUUCCUCUUGGCGCAGGCAGCUUCUUCUCGGGUGCGCUACAGUGGGGCAGCUGCGUUAUCUCAUCAGUGCAGCCUGGGUUUCAGUUCCUAGCUCUCUCACCCUGCCGGGCUGCAUGAGGCCUGGAAUCUGGAGGAUUCACUUCAGGUAUAAAAUGGUGCCCAACAUUUAGGACUUCAGAAAGGGAACCACGAUUGGGUUCAGACCCUCCUCUGUCUUCGUUCCUUCCAUUCGUGACACGGGGGUUGACUCCCCUGAUGUGAUGCAGCACAACUCACACGCACAACUUUUUUCUAACCUUUUCUAAAGACAAACUCUCCUCGCUGGGUUUUUCCCCUCUCAGAACCGCUCCUGCCCAGUGAAUUAGAUUUUACUUUCCAUUGUUUUGUGCCAUUUCACUGCAGGUUUGUACAAACAGUUCAGACACUUGUUUGCUAUAAAAGGAAAAGCCCAAGACCUACUCUUGUCCAAAUCUUGGCUUCACCUUGAGACAGGAGGAGUCUGGACAAACUGCACCGCAAAGCUUCAGGUUCUCUAGAGUCUUUGAAAGGGGGAAAAUGAUCCCACUUUCCUCCUUUCCUUGGCUCUACUCUGCCAGCUGAGAGCACCUGGUGCCUUACUCCGGACGGCCCUAUCCUGGGCACUAUCGCAAGGCUUUUGUAGUCUAGUCCCCGUUUUGAUACAGCGUGAAGGAAGCAAAUGGGAAUAUCUUGUAUCUUCCUGUAGGACAACUCUGACGUAUGCUGCAUUGCAUAGAAAACAGUAUCUCAGUGCCUUUUCUAGACCACUUGUCAGACUAGCAAGUCACUGAAGCCUUUGCCGUACUGGCCUCUUAAAAUACUGCCAAAAAACUAGUGUGCUGCAUAAUAGAUAUGGCUUGUGGUACACAAGUGACCUAGCUCUGCUUACCCUCCGCCUUGAUAUACUCUUCAUACACGUGCGUUUUAUGGACUCUCCAGGCUGAUCCCUGGAAGCUCCUGCUCCAGAGCCUAAGCAGCAGUGCCUGCCGUAAGGCAAUGCCUCACCCAAGUUGGCUGCAUUUGGAUGUGGCCAAAGGUGAUGUCAGCCUGCCCGUGUGCGUCGGUAUCUCUAGGCCUGUCCUCUUGCAAAGCUUUGCUGGUUGUGGCCUCUCCUGAGGCUGAGGACGUUGAGGGUUUGUCGCCAUUGCGGAGACUCUCUGGAAUUUCUUUUCUCUUUGUUUGCAAUGUGUAGUUGAUGGUGAAUUUUCUACCUAUAAACUUCUCAUGCCCUUUUCAGUCUGACUUCUGAAUCCUUCUGAGCAAUUAGGUAGUUGUGAUAAGAGAUUAGCAUUGACUCUGCACCCCAGUAGCUACGUUUUCUACGGAAGAUUAAGUGUAACCUUGCGCUUUACUGCCUCACUGACUAAUGCUCUGUUCUAGAUUUUAUAGUAGCCUUUAUUUACCCUGGCGUUUUAGGGCCCAGUAAGUAUUAAACCUACUGAUUGUCAGACUUAAUACAACUUUAUUACCAGUGUCUCAAACAACUUGUUAAACAGCGAGUUGUUCUAGCAAGGACCAAAGCACAAUGUCAUUCCACUCCAGAUGUCUGAUUAGAAGGAAGCAUGCUGAAAAGUUGAGGGCACAGCUGGUGUCAUCCAGGGAGCAAAGAGUGCCACGUUGCCUCUUAAAUUGUGCAUCGUUCCAAAAUAACUGAAGUGCAGCUUAAUGUUCAUUUUGCUAAUUGAUCAUUUUGACUCACAUCUUGUGCCAUGGGUGCAAAAUGGCUGAAGGGCAAAAGUUUGUGUCGUGAUGCUAUGAGCACUAGCUAAAGGUUUCUGUGUCCCCUGCCCUCUCUCCUGCUCCAGUUUGCGGGCAUUCUGCCUUUGGUAUGUAUGUGUAGAUUGUGAAAUCCAGUGGUAUCUGUCUAAGUGUGACCUGAGCAUCAUUGCUGUAUCUGUAACCAAAACUGCCAGUCCAGGAAGGGGCCCUUAAACACAAUUUUACAUACUUUGCCAUCCCCAGGCGGCUUCAGAACUAAAAAGCUUGUUUAGUUUAAUAAGAAAUUGACUAAAGUUACAAAUGUUUCUUGCACCUGGGAGAUGGGAGUGGAGCUCAGCUUGCACAAACAUAAGCCCUGUUGAGAACCGUAGCUACAUCAAGACCGUAUUUGAGAGAUGGGGAAGGUCCUACAGACACCAGGGAAAGGAGUUUAGCUGCAUGUUUAGUUACAAACCAGCUGUGUGAAGUAGAGUUGUGGGCAUCAGACUUCAACCAAUGCAGGAAUCUGACCCAUCUGCAGCUGCGGUCAGAGGUAUAAGACCACUCCUGUUGCCAAAUGAAGUCUUUGAUGCCCCAAGCGCUGGUGAUGGCAAAGGGUGACGGGCAGGUAGCGUAUGAGCACGGUGUGAGAACGUGUUGCUCUUGGAGCCUCUUACGACACAUGGCAGUGUCUGUGCCGUCCAGCUGAUUUGCGGAGAUGUGAUACGAGUGGCUGUUGUCCUACAGCACGGCGUCUUUAAAAAUAAUUAUAUUCCGCUUUGUGCGUGUAACCAAGUUGAACAGAAAGCGAUUGUGCCAAUGCUGUUUACAUGACUACAACGUGUAAUGCUCUUCUGCCUAACGUUACCGUAUGCCUUAUGUGUUUCAAAUGUUAAUUAAAAGCAUAACAAAA